CACAACUGGGCGACGCGUUCGCUUGCUGUCACUGUCACCCGGAAGAGACGUGGCAGAGAAGAAUGGAAUAGGGUGAUGUGAGGGCAACAAACUGUGUAAUAAUAGAAAGAGAAAUCUGUGCCGGGUGGAAGCAGGAGUGGCAAGUAGUAAAUGAAGGGGAAGUGGAUUGGGGCUGAACUAAUCCCUGAGGCCGCUGUGUCGAUAUAGAACUAGUCAGCAGCUGUUCCUGUCACCAUGGGGCUGUGCAAAUGUCCUAAGAGGAAAGUGACCAAUUUAUUCUGCUUUGAGCACCGUGUAAAUGUUUGUGAACACUGCCUGGUGGCCAACCACGCUAAGUGCAUUGUCCAGUCCUACCUCCAGUGGCUUCAGGACAGUGAUUACAACCCAAACUGUCGCCUGUGUAACACACUUCUCUCCUCCAAGGAAACCGCACGACUAGUUUGUUACGAUUUAUUCCACUGGUCCUGCCUCAAUGACUUGGCAACGCAACUGCCUCCAAAUACAGCACCUGCCGGUUAUCGUUGUCCAAACUGCCAGGGACCUGUGUUUCCGCCUGGCAACUUAAUAAGCCCCGUGGCUGCGACCCUUCGAGAGAAGCUCUCUACUGUCAACUGGGCCAGGGCUGGCCUUGGUCUCCCUUUAAUUGAAGUAGCAGAGCCUGUAGAUGACACAAUAUCACAUGAUGAAACAGAUUACAGGGACUGGUCAGUUGUUAAUUCAUCCAGUGAUAACUUGUCAGAAACCCCAGAAACAACAUCACAAACUGCCUAUGCGUACGCCUCUGUGCCCCCUAGUGCUGUACAAAAUAAUUUGAAUGGAAACAUGUCACAGGAACAUGCUGUUAUUACCAGAGACACUGGAUCUGAAAGUGUUAACAUUAAUGCAGCAUCCAGUCUCCGGAAAGUUUACGACACUCGAGAGACUGCCAGAGGCCAAGAUGCUGUGAUUGAUUUUGAUGAUGAUAAAUACAGGAGAAGACCUACUCUGAGUUGGCUGGCAAGGAUACUCCGAAACCGAUCAGGUUCAAAGUCCCGGCCAGCCUCCAGCAUGCAGCGCUUUCUAGUUAUUCUGAUUAUUGGUGUCCUUGGGUUCCUAACCUUAAUUCUACUCAUGUCUAAACUGGGCAGAGCUUCAGCUGAUAAUGACCCAAAUCUUGAUCCUCUCUUAAACCCUCAUAUUCACGUUGGGAAGGAGUAGUCGGAUACCCCAAAA